GGCCCGCGCGAAAGUGGCUGUCACGUGACGGCGUUGGAGACUGGCUGGGGAUGCUGCUGGGCUCGGUGCGUGCUCCUGUACGGGCAACAUGGCGGCUGCAGCAGCAGUCAGGGUAGCUCUUACGCUCUUUCACCAUCGAGGGGGAUUAGCGGUCGUCGCCUCCUCCUCCUCUCUGGGACGCAUGAGCCCGAGGGGUCUGGCCCGCGAACGCCGCUCUCGGCUGCCCGGGGCCGUGAGAGAAUACAGUACCGAAGCCAAAGGACUAGAGGAGGAACUGCGGGUUCGGUACUUGGACGACGAGCAUAAAGGAAUUGUUGUACUUGGAAUGAACAGAGCACAUGCAAAAAAUGCACUUAGUAAAAAUCUUAUAAAAAUGAUAUCAAAAGUUAUGGACGCUUUGAAAACAGACAAAAAAGUACGGACAGUUAUAUUCCGAAGUGAAGUUCCUGGGGUAUUUUGUGCUGGUGCUGACCUUAAAGAAAGAGCUAAAAUGCAUGCUAGUGAAGUAAGCUCCUUUGUCUCAAAGGCAAGAACCACUAUUAAUGAAAUGGCUAAUCUUCCAGUACCAACUAUAGCUGCAAUAGAUGGCAUUGCAUUAGGUGGUGGCCUAGAAUUGGCUUUAGCCUGUGAUAUAAGAGUAGCAGCUACUUCUGCAAAAAUGGGUCUAGUCGAAACAAAAUUAGCAAUCAUUCCUGGUGCAGGUGGGACACAAAGACUACCUCGUACAAUUGGUGUGUCUCUGGCAAAAGAAUUAAUAUUUUCUGCUCGGGUAGUUGACGGUGAAGAAGCUAAAUCAAUAGGCUUGAUCAGUCAUGUGGUUGAACAGAAUGAAGCAGGGGAUGCUGCCUAUAGAAGAGCUUUAGCCCUGGCAAGGGAAUUUUUACCUCAGGGACCAGUAGCAAUGAGAGUUGCAAAAUUGGCCAUUAAUCAAGGAAUGGAAGUGGAUCUACUAACAGGUUUAGCAAUCGAAGAAGCUUGUUAUGCUCAGACUAUUCCAACAAAAGACAGAAUUGAAGGUCUUCUUGCUUUUAAAGAGAAAAGACCUCCUCGCUACAAAGGAGAGUAAGAAAAACAUCUGUCUUUUAAAAUGCAAAUGAAAUAAAGAGACUACUAGAAGGACUUUUUAGCUUACUUUUUGCCUCAGAAUGUGGACUAAUGCAACCAUGGAAGUAAAUGUAACUCCCAUAGAUUGAUAUUUAUAAUGUAUAUGAACUGAAGGCUUUUCUGUGAAAUUGCAAGGUCAUUGAAUUCUACAGCACUUUAUUCCACAUCAUUGAAUUGUAUAUCUUAUCAAUUAAAUAUAUAUAAUAUACAUUCCUAAAGAGACUAAACAAUGUAGGUGUUCUGCUGUUGGAACAAAAUAAUUCUGUACACCAGACACUGUAGAUUGAAUUGAAUAAAUUAAUCAGUAGAUCAGCAAGUACGUUUUUAUUCUAUCUGAAUGUGUAAAUUUCUGAAGUUGCCCAAAUUUAUGAAAGAAUAACUGGGAGUAUAUUUAUAUACUCCGUUGAAACAACUGUACAGCUUGUAUAAUUGUAAAGAGUUAUUUAGCAUAUUAAUUGUACUAUGCUUCCAUUAUAGGAUUUUAACAAUAAAAUAGACACUGAUCUUA